UGGAAGCAGAGUGCACUGAGCAGCUCUAGGGGAGACAACAUUUAAGGCACGAGUCACCCCACACAGAGCACCAGCUCCCUCUUGCCUGAAGAUGUUCCACCAAAUUUGGGCAGCUCUGCUUUACCUCUAUGGUAUUCUCCUUAAUUCCAUCUACCAGUGCCCUGAGCACAUCCAACUGACAACUCUAGGAGUGGAUGGGAAGGAGUUCCCAGAGCCCCACCUGGGCCAGUGGUACUUUAUCGCAGGGGCAGCUCCUACCAAGGAGGAGUUGGCGACUUUUGACCCUGUGGACAACAUCGUCUUCAACAUGGCUGCUGGCUCUGCCCCGAUGCAGCUCCAGCUUCGUGCUACCAUCCGCAAGAAAAAUGGGAACUGUGUGCCCCGGAAAUGGAUCUACCACCUGACUGAAGGGAGCACAGAUCUCAGAACUGAAGGCCGCCCUGACAUGAAGACUGAGGUCUUUUCCAGCUCAUGCGCAGGUGGAAUCAUGCUCAAAGAGAUGGGUCAGGGCUACCAGCGCUUUCUCCUCUAUAAUCGUUCACCACACCCUCCUGAGAAGUGUGUGGAGGAAUUCCAAUCCCUAACUUCCUGCUUGGAUUCCAAAGCCUUCGUACUGACACCCAGGAAUCAAGAGGCCUGUGAGCUGUCCAGUAACUGACCUAUAACUUCAUCUACAUCCCCACACUGUAUGGUGGGAGCUGAGUUGUUGGGGGGAGGAAAAGCUGGAGACUCCCAACACCCCUUCAAGAAUAAUAAAGAUGAUUUUUCAAUCCUCA